AUGUCCAACUUGAACGAAGAAUACGGUCCGGAAGACAUGGCCUGGGUCGCGGCCGAUGCUCAGAUGAGGGAAGAACAAGAUCUGAAUCGUGCCCUUGAAGCAAGUCGAGCUUCCGCGGGAAUCGGGGUACCACCGCGUCCAACGAGCGCUAGUGUCACAAGACAAUUCGAGGCGGAGGACGAGGAGAUUCUUGUUGCGCUCGACAUUAGCCGGAUAGAAGCAGAAGACGCGGCCCAGAGACGCAAUACAGACGCGGAGGCGGAUCAACAACGCCUUCUCGAGGCUCAAAGGCAGUCGGAGCUCGAAGCACGAGCUGCCGAUCAAGAACGCGAGCAUACUUUUGUUGCGCUGUCCAUUAGCCAGGCAGAGGCAGAAGAGGCGGAGCGGAGACGCAAUGCAGACAUUGAGGCGGACCAACAACGCCUUCUUGAAGCUCAAAGACAGUCGGGGCGUGAAGCACUAGCUGCCGAUCAAGAGCGUGAGGCUACCCGGAAAGCUGAAUUACAGUCACUGAAGGAUGAGCGAGCUCGGGCUCAAGCUGCGCGACUAGAUCAAGAGACCUUAGAUCAGACUAUUGUCGAGAGCAAAGUGGCAGCCGAGAUUGAGCAGCAACAUGCACAACGGUCUACACGACUUCUGGAGACAUACGCUGUGCGCGGCUUGAGUGAAGACGAGCAGCUGCAGAUGGCUUUAAGACAAAGUCAAGAUGAAGAGCAUUCUCGGGAAGUUGCACAGGUCGGGCAAGAUCGAGAGGAUAUGCUGCGCUGGGUGAACGAGCACGGACGGACCUCUGCACCAUCGAACGAGCCAUCGGCUACCCAGUCUCCAGAAGACCGCCCAGUGUUGGGAGCCAUGGCGUCCUAUCCUCCGGGUCCGGUGACUGAGCAGGAACAAAGGAGUGUGGCCGAUGCUCGGGAGGUCAUUGACAAUCCGAACGUACUCUAUCGGCCUUUAACGCCGAUCUCAGAGGCAUCUGCAUCGCGGCCAGCAAGUCUUCGAUCAGUGGCAGAAGCCCAAGCCCAACGUUCUAACAUCGUCACGACGGAUCACAGCAGGCUGGAUGUCAGGCUUCCAUACUCACCUGGCGCACUUCCUACACCACCAGCCUCUGAUAGAAGCAGAUCGUCUAUUCGAUCAAUUUCAUCAGGUCGUCCGCCGUCGUAUCAUACGGUAGAAGAGAACCCUGCGCGCAGAUUGGAGUCGUUUGAAGUACCCCAUGAUAUCCCGAACGAGUCGCAGACUAGCGAAGCGCCUCCCCGAUAUCCCGGCGCUUAUCCUCCGUCUCCUUCCCAGGCCGGUUCGGCGGCUGCUAGUACGGUGCUCGAUUCAAGGCCGAUCGCUGGGACUCCUUUACUUCCAGGAGCAUACCCUCCUUCGUAUGCGAGCAGUAGAGCACCUCGCAGCGUGGCGAGAGCAUUUUCUGAGACGCCUGUGCAAGAAAGUGUCGUGUCUCGACGCCCGUUGGGUAACAGGGGAUCCAGCAAUGUGUCUUCAGUGCCCUCAUUCCAGGGCCAAACUGCGGGUAACAGUCAUCUGCAGGGAAUCAAUGUGUCUACGCGAAGCGAAUCGUUCCCUGGCGCAUAUCCGCCAUCGUCGCAAGCAAGUGGUGUACCGAGUCGGCUGAAUACGGUAUCGUCCGGGGGAACAUUCUUCACAGCCCAGGAAACGCAGCCAGUUCAGCACCAGAUAAGGCCACAGUCUGCUCUCUCCGAUCUCUGGAACCAUCGAAAUCAGGAUCUAGAAAGUCGUGAGCGCGAUCGACCAGAACCUCGGCCGUUUACACCCUUUUCGGCGUCUUCAUUACCAAGCGAAGCCUCAUCUGCCGUUCGACCACCUUCGUCUCGAACAUCUCAGGGUAGUAGUGUUGCGCGGAAGCCGGUUGCAAUGUCUCAGCAUGCCACCUCUGCUUUUGCUAAGCACCCGGCGCCAGCAACUGCUGCCGAUGUUGCGGGUCCGACGGACGUGAUCUCGUCUGGCUUACAGGAGGGCUCGGCGGUAAAAAACAUCUUCAACGCUCCGGUCAAUGUGACCAUCAAUAACUUUCCCGAAGCGCCCAAGUCCUCCCAGAAUCUGCUGAAGCAAGUCUUCAACAAGAACAGGCAGACCAACAAGGGCAUGAAAGCUGUCGAGCAGAAAGGGGCAGAGUUCUACGUCAAGGGUGUAGCUGAAGCGACAAGCAACCUUUGGAAGAACAAGAGAAAGAUAUUUCCUGCCAGGUCUUCCAAAUCAGCUGGAAAUGCUAUGACCAACGAAGCGAGGGAAAUUGACCGUUUUCCUGUUUCUCUGGCUCAUGACGACGUGGGCACUAUCGCCAGUCCUUGGCCUGCGAGACAGCGUCUGCACGUCGUGAACGCAGAUCCAACGCGUUCGGGUUUGAGCACACCUGAAACCACAAGGCCGCUGCAAUCAGAAAUGUCCGGACAGCAGAGUGAAGAGGUCGACACUCCUCGACCAUCUACAUUGCAGCGAUCGGUAACGUCACCUCCGCUGACAGCGACGAUGCCGUCGAGGCCAAUGUCGCUGGAUCGAUCGAUCGUGUCCCAGAUUUCGGACGUGAACGGCAAUGCAGUAACUCCGCCUAGUGUCUGUCAAUCGAGAGUGAGAAGCUCGAUGGAUAGUUUCCGGUGCGCUUCCGAAUUGCGCCCUCAGCCGCUGGACAUUCGCAAGCAGCCUCCUCCUGUUCCACCAAAGCCUUUGGAGCUGGCCAGUCCUUCUGCAGGUGUAACACCAUCACGACGACCACCGCCUCCUCGCAGCCGGAAUCCGAUGACGAGGCGUAUGCUUGGCGAGCAAGAAGAGGGGUCUGGGUGGGUGCAGCAACCAGUGCAUUUUCCUGGCAUGAAUCUGACCCAGGAACCAACGAUGGGCUCACCGGAUUCCAUGACGGUGACACCCCCAACACCUCGGCGGAUCAACGUCGAUUUGAACCGCCGCAGUCAAUUUGGGCCAAUCGACACGAGCUUGGCGAACGUGCCUCCUGGUGAACGUCGCAUCGACGAGUUCAGCUCACGAUCGAUGAUGGAUCUGGGCAUGAUGGGUCAAGUAGGCAAUCCUGUGAUAAUGGAGCCGCUGCGUGGGCAAUACGAGCAGACCUAUGCCCGCCCGCCGCACGUGCAGCAUGAAAGGCUGAACUCAGAUGCCAGGGCCAAAAAGAAGGAGAAGGACACCCAAAAGGCGUUACGGAAGCAGUUGCGGUUUGUCGCGACCGAGGACGGUGCUGAGCACAUCGGCGAGCCCAUCGAUGCCGAAUUGGAUGUCGGCGCAGCCCUUACUUCAGGAUCAGAAGUAAAAGUCCGCGUGUUCACCGGGUCGACCGUACUCUCCGUGGACACCCAGCCAACACUAGUGACCUACACGAUAUCAAGACUAUUGCCACCGCUUUCAAAAGCCGAAGUUGGAACGAUCCGCUGUAUAGGCCUGAAUUAUCGGAAACAUGCCAAAGAGAUGAACUUGGACCUUCCCGACCACCCAACUCUCUUCUUCAAGCCUUCAACAUGCCUCGGUUCGCCAAACGCACCUUUGGUCAUUCCACAUCAGGCGACAGAUGGCCAGGCCGAUUACGAAGCCGAGCUUGCGGUUGUCAUCGGGAAGCUAGCCAAGAACGUGAGUAAAGAAGAUGCGAUGGAUUACGUGCUGGGCUACACAUGUUCGAAUGACGUAACCGCGCGAGUCCACCAGUUUAACGGAGCGCAAUGGGGGUUCGGCAAGGGCUUCGAUGGCUUCGCGCCACUGGGGCCAUGCUUGGUAUCGGCGUCUUCGAUACCAAACCCAGGCGACAUUGAGCUGAAGACGGUACUCAACGGCGAGACUAUGCAAUAUUCGCUGGCGAACGAUAUGAUCUUCAGCAUACCAGAAAUAGUGGCAUAUCUGAGCCAGGGAACGACGCUGGAGCCAGGUACUGUAAUCAUGACGGGUACGCCGCAUGGAAUCGGUGUGAGCAAGGUGCCGAAGGUAUGGCUCAAACCGGGAGAUGAUCUGAGGAUUGUAAUGAGUCAUGGUAUGGGAAGUCUGGUUACACCCGUAGCUUAUGAGGAAGCUUAG